AUGAAGAACAGUUGGUUCCUGGGAUUAUCUUUAAUCUUCAUAGUGGUAACAUUAUGGGUCUCAUCUUCAUUCUUACUGAACGCUCUAUUUGAUGAUCUCAAUUAUAAUAAACCUUUUCUCAUCACUUAUCUAAGCGUAUCAUCAUUUUCCAUAUAUUUGACACCAUGGAUCAAACAAAUUGCCAUGUCUUCUUGGAAAUCAGGUUCGUUCCAAAUUCCAUCAGAUACCGUUAUCACUGACAACGCCGAGAAAGAAUCUCUACUGACAUCAUCAGCUAAAUCUAAUGAAUCAUUCACCCUGAAAGAAACAAUUAGAUUAAGUUUCCUCUUCGCGGUACUUUGGUUUUCUGCUGCAUUCACUUCAAAUUUCUCUCUUUCUUACACCACAGUGGCAUCCCAAACAAUAUUAUCUUCCACUUCAUCAUUUUUCACACUUUUUAUUGGUGUACUGCUCAGUAUAGAGUCCAUCGAUUCCACAAAAUUAUUCGGUCUAGUGGUAUCAUUCAUGGGGAUUGUCAUUCUAGUGACGAACUCAAAUGCGGACCCUGUUUCCCAAUUCCACAGUAAUCCAUACUAUACCAUGAUAGGAAAUAUUCUCGCUCUUUCAAGUGCAUUCAUUUAUGGUGUAUACUCUACAUUGUUCAAAAAAUUGAUCAACAAAAAACUAAACAUAAAACUCUUCUUUGGUUUCAUUGGUAUAUUCUCUCUCGUCACUUUCUGGCCAGUGCUACUCCUAUUGCACGUAACCAAAAUCGAGAUUUUACAAUUCCCAUCAAAUACCAAAAUCUUAUCAAUCGUCAUUCUAAACUGCUCCAUUGCAUUCAUAAGCGAUAUUUGUUGGGCUAAAGCCAUUCUAUUAACCAAUCCUUUGAUCGUUACAAUGGGUCUCAGUUUCACUAUACCCUUCGCCAUACUAGGAGAUUUCCUAUUCAAGGGAAAUUCGAAUUUCAAUCAAAUUUACCUCAUCGGUGCAACUUUGAUUCUUACCUCAUUCUUCUUCAUUAAUCAAAAGGAAAAGACUCAAGAACCAUCAGCAUCCAUUACGCACUACGAUUCAAUCGUUUAA